AUGAAUAUUAAUAAUCCAUCUGUAGAGAAGACUGCGAUCACAUCCAACAACCAACCUCCGGCCCUCCGACCAACCAGCUGCCUGUCGACCAACCAGCUGCCCGCCGACCAACCGGCUGCCUGUCGACCAACCUCCGGCCGCCUGUCGACCAACCAGCUGCCUGUCGACCAACCGGCUGCCUGUCGACCAACCUCCGGCCCUCCGACCAACCUCCGGCCGCCUGUCGACCAACCAGCUGCCUGUCGACCAACCUCCGGCCCUCCGACCAACCGGCUGCCUGUCGACCAACCGGCUGCCUGUCGACCAACCGGCUGCCUGUCGACCAACCGGCUGCCGCCUGUCGACCAACCGGCUGCCGCCUGUCGACCAACCGGCUGCCGCCUGUCGACCAACCGGCUGCCGCCUGUCGACCAACCGGCUGCCUGUCGACCAACCUCCGGCCCUCCGACCAACCUCCGGCCCUCCGACCAACCUCCGGCCCUCCGACCAACCGGCUGCCUGUCGACCAACCUCCGGCCCUCCGACCAACCAGCUGCCUGUCGACCAACCGGCUGCCUGUCGACCAACCUCCGGCCCUCCGACCAACCGGCUGCCUGUCGACCAACCAGCUGCCUGUCGACCAACCUCCGGCCCUCCGACCAACCUCCGGCCCUCCGACCAACCAGCUGCCUGUCAACCAACCGGCUGCCUGUUGACCAACCGGCUGCCUGUCGACCAACCGGCUGCCUGUCGACCAACCGGCUGCCUGUCGACCAACCGGCUGCCUGUCGACCAACCUCCGGCCCGCCGACCAACCGGCUGCCUGUCGACCAACCAGACAUCAACGAGACAUCAGUCAUGGCGUCUCCUGGCCUGCUGCUGCUGCUGAUGUCGUCCUUCCUCUUCCUCUCCAUCGUGAGCGUCUCAGCGUCUCCUGACCAGAACCAAGUGCAGGAAGUCACUCAGAAGAAAUUAAACAAAGCGAAGGAAGGGGCUAAAGCUUUUGCAAAAUAUUUUGUCAACACCAUUGACCAGAUCAGACUGGCAACCACCCCUUUUCUGGGGUUGAUAAACCCAGCUGUGCCCCUGGUAUCUGCUAUUUUCACUUUAGCAACGGUGGCAGUGUCACUAAUAAACAAUAGCCAAAAAGAUAAUCCAAUUUUAGACGCUCUCCAGUAUGAAUUUCAAAGUCUUAAUUCUAAGCUUGACAAAUAUCACGUAGAGCAGAAGUGGGACACCUGGGCAGCAGGUGCCUACCACAAGCCAGAGAAGAACAUUGAUGUAUCCUGGAACACGUACGAAAAACUAGUGCCGAGUCUAUUCCGCAGAAAAAAUGACAAUGAGAGGGAGAGAAUUAAACAAGAAAUUAUUAAAGUCUGCUCAAAGAGCCAGCCCGCCACUCAGACCUUGCUCAAGUACCUGACAGUCGAAGGACCAACCUUAACAAAUAACCUCGCAAAGGACCUGGCUGCUCAUGUUAAAUGUCAUGAAAAGGAUCUCAGAGAAUACACCGUGUUCAUCUCUAAACUCAUCUACAAGGGCAGCACACUGAAUCUCUUAUGUUACAAACUCAAGCAAAUAGAGUCUAAAGAAUUAGUUGAUGGGGAAGCUGACAUUGCAUACAACUCUGCAUCAGCUAUGUUCCAAAUCCACAAGAACUGCAUUUUAAACAGUUUUACAUACAUUAAACCAGAGGUGGAGGAGCUCAUUACCAACUCCAAAAAACGUCAACCACUAGCAACUGAGGUCAGGUCUUUCUUGGUGCAGAAUUAUGGCAGGUAUGACUGGAUGGUUGUUGCAUUUAUAACCAAAAGCUCCAAACAUAAAAUAAUUGAAACACUCAACAGCCACGUCCUGACAGGAUUUACUGAGAUUAAAAAAGGGAAAGUUAGCGUGGGCGUAGCCAGACAGGUGAAAGGGACUCACACAAAGGCAAGUCGAGUUAAACAAGCCAUCAUCAGCUGCUUUACUAAGCCAGUUUUGUGUUAUAAGGUUGCAGAGAAACUCCGUGAGUGUGGCGGAUCUGUGGACGGUAUUCCAGUGUCUCAGACUUACACAGCAGUACACGCCUUUUUAAGAAAAGCCCAUGACAGUCACGAUGCAAAGGAAGUAGAGGAUGAAGUCUCCGCCGACCCUCAAGACACUUCAUCUAGCCCUCCUUACAUUUAUACAGGGAAGUGUGAGAAAUCUCCAGGUGUGAAGGGUGGCAAGUUUGUGGUUAUGAUCAAAAGUGAUGAAGAGAUGAUGACUAAAGAUCCCUGCUCCAAGCUGAAGUGUGGUGGUGACCGAAGAGGGAAAUGUGUUCGUGUGGAAGACACCUUUGUAGCCAUGUGUGAGUGCAAGCUGCCGUACUAUGGACAGAACUGUGAGCAGAGCUUAGAAGAUUACAAGAAAAGCUUAGAGAGCUCCAUAGAGCAAGUUUUUAAGCCAGCAGUGGUGGACAAGCGGCUCCGUAAUCAGUCUGUAAGAAGGGCUGGCAUCUGAUGCAGCCGGGAGUCAACACCUUUCAUGAAAUGAGUUUCUCGUCUUAGAUGGACACUCCAACAUUUAGUUAAGUCCUCUUAUAUUAUAAUACCUGAUAUUCAAAGUCUUUAGUUUCCCCUUAUUUCACAGUCUUCAGCUUCCUACUGGUUAACAGUUUUCUACAGAGUCCCAGAAGAAAAGAUAUUAUCAUGAGCACAAAUGAUCUCGUAUCGUGUGUCCAGAUAAUGUUUUGCAAAAAAGGCUGAAAAUGAAAACUUAUCUAUUGGCUAACGUGAAGCUAAAGGUUGCUGCAGCUGAACCACAUAGUUUGAUAAACAAUUACUUAAAAAAUGAACUCAACAAAGACUUUGACAUCAAUCUGGAUUAAAACAAACCAACAUUACUCCUGUUAAACAAACAAAGCUGAGUGUGGGAGCUCAUUUCAUGGAGUUGACUUCUCUGAUAGCUAGCUUGGUGUUUCUGACUGCAGCAACUGAGAAUGUAAAAACUUCAGAACAUGUUUCUCUGAUGGACAGGUGUGAGUACGAACCUCAGUCUGUGAUAGCCACGUCUGACAUCCUCCCAUCUGUGUUAGUUAUUACAUCAUCAGCUGCUAGGCAGAGUUUAGCUGCAACGCAAACCGCUAAGUAGAGCGAGCCUCUGUCCACAGACAGGAGGGACGACGUUCCUUCAUACGGUCACAUUAAAAACAAGUGAAGAACAAACUAACAUCAAAAGGCUUCUGUGUGACCUGAUGCUAACGACCACUUCCUGCCUGUCAAUGACAUCAAACUGGACAGAGUUUAAACCACUGAGAUGCUUCUUCUGCUUCAAGCUUCUGUCCUGAUUUUCUAAGUUGCUGAGAUGAAUAAAGAUUCAAUUUCAUCCUC